UCCUAUUCUUCCGUUUGCAGGUAUCAAUACUCACUCCUAUUCUUCCGUUUUAUACUUACAAUCAUAAUCGAGUUUCAAAAUAAUGGAGAAUUAUAUACAUAUAUAUAAACCCAUUUCUCGUUUCUGAACCCAGAAACAGAAGGUAAAACCCAGAUGCAAAAACACAUCAAACUGGGCUAUCUGUACGAGAUCGAUCACACUCAGUUACCCCCAAGAACCCCCGUUCAACUCAGGUCCAUCCGAGUUGCCAUGGUGUGCGAGAUGACAGAAUUGAACGUUUCAGUGAGGUUCCCAAGCAUGGAGUCACUUAGGGCAUUUUUCAACUACAGCUCAAGAGAAACUCACCCUGCUUUGGACGAGAAGUUUGUGAUGGGUUCCACUUUAGCAGACAGAGUGCUGAUUCGAUUAGUUCCGUCGGAGAUUUUUUCCGAGCAGAAGAGUUUAGUUGCGUUCUGGUUGAUCGGUUCUUCAGCUGCUCCUGAUUGGUGUACGGAUAAUGUUUCUGUUGGGCAUAAUAAUAAUAAGGGAACUUAUUUGUCUGAGGCACUGAAAGCAAAUGGGAUUGUUAGAUGGGGAAUAAGAAGGCAAGUUAAGUAUUUGGGCAGGCAUAAGGAUAGUGAUAAUGGGAAUGAUGUUAAUGGCCAGAAUAACUCAUCUUCAAGCUUUGUUAAUGGAGUUGAGGAAUCACAGAUGGGGUUAAUGGUUAAUUGUGAAGAAGAGAAGUUGGAUGGAGGUGAUGGUAGUGAAGAGAUUGGUGAUGAUGAUGAUGGUGGUGCAGAAAGUGAUGCAGAGAGUGAAGAGAAGGGUGAGGGAGAUGGAGAAGAUGAAGAUGAAGAAGAUGAAGAGGAAGAAGAAGAAGAAGAAGAAGAGGAGGAGGAGGAAGAAGAGGAAGAAGAAGAAGAGAAGAAGAUUAAGGUGAGUAAUGAGAAUUUGAAAAGAAAGAGAUACCCUUUAAGAAACAAGGGUGGUGUGAAGAAACCAAAGAUUGAAAAGAUUGAUGUCAAGAAAGAAAAGCAAAAGAAGAAGAAGAAGAAGAUGAAGAAGAAUCAGAAGAAGAAAAGCAUGGGUAGAAGUAGAUUCAAGGAAGCACUUGUUCUUAGAGAUCCGAAAGAUCGUUGGUCUGCUGAAAGGUACAAGCUAGCUGAGCAGAAUCUAUUGGCGGUGAUGAAGUCAAAAGAGGCAACCGCAGAAAAGCCGAUUCUGAGGCCUCAACUGAGGGCAGAGGCAAGGAAGAAGAUAGGUGACACUGGGCUACUUGAUCAUCUACUGAAACAUAUGGCCGGAAAGAUUGCCCCUGGCGGUGAAGAGCGGUUCAGGAGGCGGCACAACCCCGACGGAGCAAUGGAGUAUUGGCUCGAAAAUGCUGAUCUUGUUAGCAUCAGAAGGGAUGCAGGGGUGGCUGAUCCUUAUUGGGUCCCACCACUUGGUUGGAAGCUUGGUGAUUCCCCUACUCAGGAUCCUAUUUGUGCUAGGGAGUUGAAGUUAUUGAAAGAUGAUGUUUCCAAAAUUAAAAGGGAUUUGGAGGUGAUGGUUACAAAAAUGCAAUUGGAGGAAGAAGUUGGCAAGUUAAAGAGGGAGCUUGAGGAAUUAUCUUCUAAAAAAAGGGAAGAAGAAAGUCAAGCAAUCACAAUAACUACAAGUCGUUCUGACAUCAGUCAAAAGCUGGAUCAGCUUGCCACUUCAUUGGUCUCCUCAAAAAGUGAUUUUGUGAAUGCACAUGUUUCAGUGGAAAAGUACAAGGAACAGCUGAUGGCCAUCUCUGAUUUUGUGAAAGAAAUAGAGGGGAAAAUAGGAAAGGUGACACCAAAUGUGGAAGAAAGGGCAAUGGUGGUGGUGUCUUCAUUAAAUGCAGAAGCAGAAAUGCAUUCAAAAGAGAAGAGCUCAGUGGCAAAAGAGUCAAAGAGCAAAGAACAGGAAGUACAAGCAUUAAAUGCUACAAUAUUAUCAGAUGAGAACAAAACAGCAGAAAAAGAAAAGACAGCAGCUGAGGAAAAAGCAGCAAGAUUGCAGAGGUUGAAGAGUGGUUUCAGAAUCUGCAAACCACAGGGCACUUUCCUUUGGCCAAACAUGGUCAACAACGGCACGCCGCCGUCGGUUUCCUCCUCCACCGCCUCAGCUCCGCCGCAGCUGCCUUUCCACCACCCAGCCUCCCUUGUCAAGCCAUUGGCUGAGAAACGUGCCGUGGCGGUAACCGUCUCCGCGGUAUCUAAAGGCACAAAUUAUGAGGAUGGUUCCAACAACUACUCCACCACCACUACUGCUUUAAUCAACCUAAAUGAUCUCCCAACCAAUCAAACUAUCAUGCCAAUGCUGUCACCUAGUGGUGUAUAUGGAUCAAGAAAUUUGAUUGGCUACAGUCAGAAGGAAUACAAUACUGGGAGCUGCUCCUCGAUUACGAGCCUGCCUUGUGAAGUGGGGAACUGGUUGGCAUUGUCUACUCCGAAAUCUGCCACCGAUGAGUCGAGCCGUGGUUGAACUCCUUUUCAUUCGUAUUAUGAAAACUAAUAUAUUUUUUUCGCAUGCUAAUGAAAGGUUUCUUGAGUGGGUAUUAUAAGGCCUCAAAGAAUUUAAUCGGUGUUAUAUUCCUCUGAUCUUGAACAUGUUCAGAUCACCUAUUUCUGAUAUUAGGAGAUGUUAUAUGUAUGUUAUGUUUUUGCUUAGACAAAAGUUAACUAUGGUGGAGUCUUGAAUAUUUUAUAUCACAAAUAAGCAAUUAUUUUUUACUACAUUAGAGUAACUUUACCUAGAAGAUGGGUAUUAAAUCUACUUAGAAGACUUGUGUGGUUCUUAAAAAUGCAAAAAAUGCAGUACAUGUCGAAAUCUGAACAAAAA